GUCAUCAAUCUGCGACGCACAGGAAGAUCGUUUGUUGCUGCGCUUUGGAUUUUAUUUAUUUUUAUGUUUUUGCUAUUAAUACACACAACGUCGGAUAAUUUGAUGAUCUAAAUCAAAAUUUCGUGUUUGAGUGCUAUUUGUAGCAAGUAUGAGCGGCGGUUUAGCACCAAGCAAAAGCACAGUGUAUGUGUCAAACCUGCCAUUCUCUCUGACCAACAAUGAUCUGCACAAGCUAUUUACCAAGUAUGGAAAAGUUGUGAAGGUUACUAUUGUGAAAGAUAAAGACACUCGUCAAAGCAAAGGCGUUGCAUUUGUGCUUUUCCUUGAUAGAGAAUCUGCGCACAAUUGUGCAAGGGCAAUCAACAACAAACAAUUGUUUGGCAGAAUGAUUAAAGCAAGCAUUGCCAUCGACAACGGCCGGGCAACUGAGUUUAUCCGACGACGAAACUACACAGACAAGUCCAAAUGUUACGAAUGUGGGGAUGUGGGACAUUUGAGCUACGCGUGUCCAAAAAACAUUCUCGGAGAAAGGGAGCCCCCAAAGAAAAAGGAAAAGAAAAAGAAGAAAAAGGCUCAAAAACCUGAACACCUUGAAGAAGAUGAAGAAAGUGAAGAAGAGGGAGAAGAUCCAGCCUUGGAAAGUUUAAGUCAAGCUAUAGCUUUUCAGCAAGCCUAUAUUGAGGAAGAAGAGAGAAAACAGAAGAGACAAGCAGAAGAGGACAGCGUUCGUGCUUCAACUUCCUCUGACGCGAAGAAACCGCGCAUCAAAAAGAGUGCAUACUUUAGUGAUGAAGAGGAGGAGCUCUGUGACUAAAACGCAAAUGUUGUUUUUUUUCCUGUAUAGAAUGAUGUCAAUUUUUUUUUUACAUAAACAUAUUGUAGAUGUUAUAGUUUGAAGGUUUUUGAUUGAGGAAAGUUAUUUGAUGUUUUAUGAAGACAGAGUGUAUAGUUUGCUUCUUUGAAUAAAGUCAUUGCCAUUUUUAUGCAGUUUUAACUGUAAAA